GUAAACGCUCACAGCGCUUAGUAGUAGUUAAAAGCUUAGAGAAUUAACCGAAAAAUAUUUAAAAAAUAUUUAAAAAAAGUGUUUCACUGUAUUUGGCCGCCAUACACCUUCACACAUAUUCUUAAAGGCUGCGUUGUUGCAACAGCAAAAUUAAGUAACGUGCCACAAAAUCAUCAUCUAUCCCAACAGUCAUCAGCACUAUCAGUCACUUGUUUCAUCACAAACCAUAUUCAAUUCAAACAGUCAAAGUGAUUCUCCUAAAGCAAUACAUCGAAGACCUCCGCAAGAUUAUUGAGGAGAAGAUGUCGAUCAAUCCAAACGGGUAUAAAUUGUCCGAUAAAACGGCACGUCUAACGGCACAUGAUCUUUUGCCGACAACAGUCAGCGCCACUGCUGAGACCCGAGAGUUCCUGCAGAAGGUCAUCGAUGUGCUAUUGGACUUUGUCAAGGCGACCAAUGAUCGCAAUGAGAAGGUCUUGGAAUUCCAUCAUCCAGAGGAAAUGAAGACGCUACUAAACUUGGAGAUACCUGAUCGUGCUGUGACGUUGCAGCAGCUCAUUGAAGAUUGUGCCACAACACUGAAGUAUCAAGUGAAAACUGGACAUCCACACUUCUUCAAUCAGCUGUCAUGCGGACUGGACAUCGUCUCUAUGGCUGGCGAGUGGUUGACUGCAACUGCCAAUACCAACAUGUUCACAUAUGAGAUUGCACCCGUCUUCAUCCUAAUGGAGAAUGUGGUGCUCUCCAAGAUGCGUCAAAUCAUUGGCUGGGAAGGUGGAGACUCCAUAUUGGCACCCGGUGGUUCGAUCUCCAAUUUGUAUGCAUUCCUUGCGGCACGUCACAAAAUGUUCCCCAAUUACAAGGAACAUGGCGCCGCUGGACUACCCGGACAACUGGUGAUGUUCACCUCUGAUCAAUGUCACUACUCCGUGAAAUCAUGCGCUGCCGUUUGUGGUCUGGGCACAGAUCACUGUGUUAUGGUGCCAUCUGAUGAGCACGGCAAGAUGAUAACUUCUGAGUUGGAGCGUUUGAUUUUGGAACGAAAGGCCAAGGGACACAUUCCAUUCUUUGUGAAUGCCACUGCUGGUACUACGGUGUUGGGUGCCUUCGACAACAUCAAUCAUAUAGCGGAUAUUUGCCAGAAGCACAAUUGUUGGUUGCACGUUGAUGCUGCUUGGGGUGGUGGCCUGCUUUUGUCGCGUAAAUACCGUCAUCCACGUCUCUCGGGCAUUGAGCGAGCUGACUCAGUCACCUGGAAUCCACAUAAAUUGAUGGGCGCUUUAUUACAGUGCUCCACCAUACAUUUCAAGGAAGAUGGUCUAUUGAUUAGCUGUAAUCAAAUGUCAGCCGAAUAUCUCUUCAUGACGGACAAACAGUACGACAUCAGCUAUGACACCGGCGACAAGGUUAUUCAGUGUGGCCGUCACAAUGACAUCUUCAAAUUGUGGCUGCAGUGGCGUUCCAAGGGCAAUGAGGGUUUCGAACGUCAACAGGAUCGUUUAAUGCAACUCGCCGAAUACCAAGUGAAGCGUAUUCGUGAGCAACCAGAUCGUUUCCAUUUGAUACUCGAACCAGAGUUAGUCAAUGUUAGCUUCUGGUAUAUACCAAAGCGUCUACGCGGUGUGCCACAUGACAAGAGGAAGGAAGCUGAAUUGGCAAAGCUCUGCCCCAUCAUCAAGGGACGCAUGAUGCAGAAGGGUUCACUGAUGGUCGGCUACCAGCCAGACGAUCGACGUCCAAAUUUCUUCCGUUCGAUUGUCUCAUCGGCCGCUGUGACCGAACAGGAUGUCGACUUUAUGCUGGAUGAAAUACAUCGAUUAGGUGACGAUUUGUAAACGAAUUGUGGAACUGACAACGCUGAGCUCACUUGAGUAACUGACUGUGCAAUUACAGUUACAUAAAUAAUAUGUACAGUUAACUAGGCCAAUGGCGCAACUAGCAGUUCUAAAGACACUCAGAGCUGUAGGCGUUGCAACUUAGGCGAUGACAUAGUUCAAUUAACGAAAAUUAGGUAACACAAAGCAACAAAAAAAAAACUGAUUAUAAUAAAAAAAGACAAAAAUUAAAAACUAUUAUUUAGCAAACUCUACUAUAACGACCAAGAACUAUCUUUAAGGUAAAAGCAUAUCAAAGCAAAAUAAAAAAACAAAAACAAAUAAUGUUGUUCGCGCUUGCGCAGCGCAUACAUACUCACAUUAUACACUUAAAUACAUACUAUAUUACAUAUUAAUGCGCGCUGUAAACACAUUGUUAAGUAUUAAUGAGAUCAUUUUAAAUUAACUGUUUUUAAUUGUUGUUGUUAUUGUACGCCUGAGACACUUUAAUCACUGUUUCGUUUGCAUACUACAUAUAUACUAUAUAAAUACAUAUAUCUAAUGUUAUACAUUACUUACAACUAUAUGCACACAUAUUUACAACAACAACAACAACAAAAAAUAAGAAAUAAAUAUGUAUGUAAGCUGAAUAUUAACCAAAGAACUACUUAAGUGGAAGCUAAAAUUGUGGAAUGAAGAUACAUAAAUCCCCAACCUCGUUGUCAAUUACAACUAGUCUAACGGUAUAAAUAACUUACAACUGUAUGCACUGGCACUUGCCGAGUGUGAGUGUUGUAAGGUGCAUUGAACCG